UUCCUUCGCUCCGAUGCGCUUCGCAGUUGCAGAAAGCAGAUAAACUCUCGAAGCUCAGCUCGGCGCCUCACCAUAUUCUCUCUCUCUCUGACAUGGCCGCAGCUCAGGUCUCUGCUUCUCUCUCGGUCUCUGUCCGCGAUUUCUGCGCGGUCGGCUCGCCGGGAACGAGGGUUGUUGUUCCUCGGGUUCGACUCCCGGGUCGCGCCGCGAGCGGCGCCACCUUCGCUACCGGUUCUCCCCUCGCAGUAAAAAGAUUUUCCUCUAUUAGAAAAUCUGCAAGAAAGGCAGCAGCGGUAUCCAUUAGAUGUGAGCAGAAUACUAAGGAAGGGAACAGUUUAGAUGUAUGGCUGGGCCGUCUUGCAAUGGUUGGAUUUGCCGCAGCAAUCAGUGUUGAAAUAGGAACAGGCAAGGGACUUUUAGAGAACUUUGGGCUGUCAUCCCCUUUGCCGACAGUUGCUUUGGCUGUUACAGCAUUAGUGGGAGUCCUGACAGCAGUCUUUAUCUUCCAGUCCUCCUCUAGCAAGUGAUUGGAUCCAUGGCGAUGUUUGUGUCUAUAAAGGUUCUUACUGUGAGGAGAUGACUCAGUACACAUUCUCUACUUGUAAUUUUUGUCAGGGAAACGUAUCAUACAACUAUGUAAGCGUAAAAGCAAUGGCAUUUUCUUCCCUCUUUCUUC